AUGACCUCUGGCCCAGGGGCUAAGGAGAAAAUCGAGCAAACCCAUCUUGCAAGCUGUACCAAGAAGUCAGCCCAACACCUCAAGCACAUUCUCAACGCCAGCUUCAGCGAACCGUCCAACUUCCGCGACAAUGGCAAACCUCUCUUCUUGCACACAAGAGACGACGAGCCUACCUGUUAUGUCGAGGCGAUGUUGGAGCGCUCCUGGCAUAACUUUGUAGAGCGCCAGCGCAAGAAGAAGGCGUGUAUCGUUUGCGUCACCUGUGCAUUGAGUUGA